AUGCCGCGACGGCACCAGGUGCGCAUGGCCUGCCAGCGCUGCCGGAGGAAGCGGGCCAAGUGUGAUGGCGAGGAUCCGUGCGAACGAUGCCAAAGGGCCGGCCAUGACUGUUUUUAUCACAAGUCCGGUCGGGUGUCCAAGGGUGCGCUGUACGCCGAAAUCGAGCGGCUGCGGCGCGCAAUUGAGCAGAAAGGCGCACUGCUGGACGCCAUGUCCUCCAGAGAUGAUGCCGACACUUACCACAUGGUGGCCGAGGGGCUGAAGGACGGCACGAUCACCCGUCAGGACAUCUUCCAAAAACUAACCGACAAGUCCAAUACUGCUAGCGUCACCUCGUCGCCGCGUCGCUACUCAGAGUCAGCCCCCUCACCUGGGGUUUCUGGCGCCGAGCGUUUCCCCAUGACCUGUCCCCAUUGCCACGGCCCACUCCAUGUCGCAAACUCUUUACUUGGAAACAUCGGCGCAUCUGCCCGGCUGAACAGCGACUGGAACUCCUCAGCCGACGCGCAAUCUGAUGGUGACGCCGUUACGACACUCCUUUCCAUACCCAGCUCGCCCUCUUCGGUACCCUCGCUUGCUUCGUCUGGCGUCGCUGCCGCUGCCGCCACCCGCGAGCCAAGGUCAUUGGCGCAGCGCAUAGACGUCUGGACGCGCACCGGGUGGACGGCCGCGCUCGUGCUCAAGAGCCUGGGGUUGCUCCUUACAUGGGACUACCUGCCGCUCUGCCUUCUCUGCAAGGAUCCCUUCCUGCGGGACUUUGCAGCAGGUACCGGCCGGUAUUGCUCCUCGGCACUCGUCAACGCGCUGCUUGCGUUGGCGACGCGCAUCGUGAACGAGCAGCAGCAUCAGCAUCACCUCCACUAUCACCGGCGGGACUCACGUCUAGCGGCGGGUUCAAGCGUCGCGUCGCCUUCUUCACCGCCAUCAGUAACGGCGCAGGAUUGGACAGAUAGCCAGGCCUUUUGGAACGAGGCCGAGACUCUCCUCAGGAGUAAUGAGCAAAAACAAACUAGCCUCCCGGACGUGCAGGCCCUGGGCAUAAUGGCCCUCUAUCAGGUCAGCUCCGGGCGGGAGUCCGAGUCACGGGAGCUGGCCGAGGCAUUUGCCGCCGCCGCGACAGACUUGUGCUUACAAGCGCCCGUUGUUGCGGACGACCAUGGAGAGUAUGAAAAAGUGCGCGCAACGACGUAUUGCGGUGCCAUAUCGCUCGUUAGGAUACUGAAGAUCACGACGGCGCAACGCCCUAGUCCGCACGCCGCGAUGCUGCAAGACGAUGGCGUCACCCUCGACCAGCCGCCACGCACCGCAGGGCCAGACGACAUUGAAGCUCCCUCAAAGAGCAAGGCGCUUCGGUUGAACUGUGAGUUCGGCACCGCAUUGGAACAUGAGGCAUGGUGGCGUACGAGCCCACCUCAGAACGCCGAGUCAGUCGCCGACGGACAUAGAUUGCAGCUCAGCAGUCUGCAGAUUAUCCCAGCCAGGAUCUUCCAACUCACCGAGUGGGUGUAUAAGCUGCUCGCCUUACAGGAUAGUGCUAGUGGCGAGCAGGUCGUGUCUGUCUAUCGCCAGUGUUUAAAUUGGUAUGAGAACUUUUUCGCGCUACUCAAGCCGGACGCGAGCAAUUCGCCCUUCAUACUCUUUAUCCAUAUUUACUAUCAGUUCUGUCUACUCUCCCUGUUCCGGCGCUUCAAUAGCUUUGGCCUCGAGGCCAUCAACGUCUAUCCCCGUGAGAUCUGCCUGCAGGCCGCGCAGUCCAUUCUCGCGCUGACGCAGUCGUACGCCAACCUUUACGGCUUGUGGCGCGCGUCCCCGCUGGUGCCGUACUUUGUCUACGCUUCGGGCCUGCUGAGCGUCGCCAUCGAAGAGGCCGGCCACAGUAUCACAGUGACCGUGCCUGUGGCGAACCUUGACAGUAACGGCGUCCUCUCGGAUGCCUCGCCCUUGGCGGUUGAGUUCCAGGAAGCUGUGGUCAAGAUAGAAUCAGAUGGCGACAACAUGGACGUCGAUAACGGCCACCGGCUCGCAUCCUCCUUAUCCGCCUUAUUGCUAGAGCGGCAACGGCACCAGAAACAACAAGAGAUGCGGGCGCCGACGCACAUGAACAUGCCUGCCGUCUUGCACGCACGACUUCUGCUGGAAGAGAUGGGCGCGCUGUAUCCCGUUGCCACUGCUGCCGCGGACAUGCUCCGUCGGGCAUCGGGCAUACCUGAUGACUUGCCGCAUGCACGCAUCGAGCCGUAG